AUGUCAGAUUUACUUUGGCUCUUGUUCACGUCCGUGCUCGCGGUGACAAUCGUGAGCAAAAUUCCGGGCGGUUCACCCGUGUUAGGGUUCCUCGUCGGUGGUGCCCUCGUCGGUCCGUUCGGUCUCGGAAUCAUCCAGCACGUCGAACAAGUCAAGGUGCUCGCCGAAUUCGGCGUCGUUUUCCUUCUCUUCAACAUCGGUCUCGAGCUUUCGUAUGAUCGUCUCGUGUCCAUGGCCAAGUAUAUUUUCGGACUUGGCUCGUCGCAGAUGAUGCUGAGCACCGCAGUUGGUGCCGCUGUCGCCGUUGCGUGCGGGUUGGCCAUACCUCCAGCGGUGAUUGUUGGCUUGGGACUCGCGUUUUCUUCCACCGCCGUUGCGUUGCAAGUGCUCGCCGACAGAGGCGAGUCCGCGAGUCGCCACGGUCGCGCGACGUUUUCCGUGUUGCUUUUUCAAGAUUUAACUGUUGUUUUGGUCUUCAUGCUCGUUCCGUUAUUGGCUGGUCCCGAUAGCGGGAGUCUUACUGCCAUCGGCGGCUCGUUACUCAAAGCCGUCGUAAAGACGGCUGCCGCCAUCGUUUCCAUCAUUGGUCUCGGUCGCGUGGUUUUACGACCAGUUUUCGAUCGCGUCGCAAAAUUGCGCCAAGCCGAGCUCAUGAGUGCGACGACGUUGUUUGUUGCGCUCGGCACGUCGCUCUUGACGCAGUCGCUAGGAUUAUCCAUGGCGCUCGGCGCGUUUUUGGCUGGCUUACUUUUGGCGGAGACGGAAUUUCAUUUACAAGUCGAAAACGAUAUCGCGCCGUUCAGAGGGCUUCUGCUCGGUUUAUUCUUCAUGACAGUCGGGAUGACCAUCGACCCGAUGACGUUCACGCAGAGUGCGGGCAACAUAGUGAGCAUGAUGGCGGCGAUCUUAAUCGGCAAAAUCGCCGUCGUCGCCGCCGUCGGUCCCAUGUUCGGGUUGUCGCUCUUGAAUUGUAUUCGCGCCGGUAUGUACAUCGGUCCUGGCGGAGAGUUUGCCUUCGUGACUUUUGCCGAAGCGGUUCGUGUCGGUUUAUUCAGCCCUGAUCUCGCGACGCAGCUCAACUUGGCUGUGGUGCUUACGAUGGCCAUCACGCCCUACCUCGCCGAGGUCGGUAACAGCAUGAAGGACGUGUGGAAGAGUGGUAACGUCGCUACGCUGCAACCAAAGGAAAACGAAGUGGACGACUUGAAAGGUCACGUCAUUUUGGCCGGGUACGGCCGUAACGGCAAGAUUAUCGGCGAGAUUCUCAGUGCGAAUAUGAUUCCAUUCGUAGCGUUGGACGUGAAUCCAGAAAUCGUCAGCGAAGGUCGCGCCGCCGAUCAAAACGUAUACUUCGGCGAUGCGGGCUCGCCUGAAGUGCUCAGAGCCAUCGGCGCCGCUCGCGCGUCUUGUGCUAUCGUCGCCCUCAGUUCGCCGGCCGCGAACUAUCGCGCCGUGUGGUCGUUGACGAAGAACUUUAGCAACAUCCACACGUACGUAAGAGCCGAAGGCGUCGAGGGUGGUUUGAUUCUCGAAAAGGCGGGCGCGAAAGCCGUCGUUCCGGAGGCCCUCGAACCGUCCCUUCAGCUCGCCGCCGCAUGUUUGCGCGAGCAGAAAAUGUCGCCGCAAGACAUCAGUGUGGCGAUUGACAACUACAGACGAAGUCAUCUCAAGAGUUUGUCAUCGCGCAAAUUUUCCGCCGACUAUUCCAGCGUCAACUACGGCGGCGUCGGUCAGUCCCUUGAUAUGUCUUCGACCGACGAAGCUGAAGUCGCAUCCGCGUAG